CAAUGAUUGAGAACAAGCAAAAAAUUUAUGUAUUGACUAUGUUAUAUAUGGUAGUGCUACUAUCGAUUUCUCAAAAUACGAAGGGUAAUGCAAAUGUUCCGCUUGCUCCAGUGUCAGAGGAAGGAUUCCUACCAAAUCCACUUCAGUGUGUAAACGAUGUUAAGAAAGUUCCAGAUUGCAUAGAUGCAGUGAAGAAGUUCCAGUUGAAAAUUAUCACAAAAGAAUGUUGCUUUGUUUUACUGAAAGCCCCGGAAGAUUGUCUUGGGAUGUUAUUUCCUGCGCGUUUUGUUAUUAAAAUUAUGAUUCAUCUUACAUGUAGGCUUAUAGGUAUACAUGGUUAAGAAUAUUUUUUUCUUAAUCCUAUAUCUUUAAACAUUCUACGUAACAACAAAAUUUACUCGUAUUAGUUAUUUUUUUUAAUAAUAAUUUUGUUUCAUAUAUAAUUAACUAGCUAAUAAUGAUAUCAGCAUUAAAAUCAUGCUUUAACCUUUUUGACCAUUUAUUUGUUUGAUUAUGUAUGAUGUUUUCACUUUUGGCCUAUUACUUGUUGCUCAUUUUGUAAUUUUAAAAAGUAAAAAAUAUUUUUGCUUAACUAUGAAAAUCACUUUAAAUUUCCUUCAAUUAUUUUUUCUAUUUAUUUUAAUACAGAAAAUCACUUAGAAAUUAAUUACUUAUUGCAAAACUACAACUGUCA